UGUACACCCAAUGGAAUCCUCCGAUGGUUUCCGUUGAUAAUUAUGGAAAUUGCCAGGCCUACGAUAGACCUCUUGUUGGCAGAUGCGUCCGUUACGGGGACUGUAUCAGUGCUAUUCAAUCUGCCCACCAGGUGGUACCUCUGCUAUGCCCGUCCGCAAGUCCCGAGAACUUUGUAUGCUGUCCUCAUGGCGGAUACGUAAUGCAGCCGCCCAGGAUUUCAAUGAGCGAGAACGCCUGCAAAAGUGCCUAUCCCAGAAGCCGCCACAAGAGGCACAGACGUCACCGGGAUGUUAACGCUCAUAAAGAUCAAGUGGAGGUAACUGAGCCAAUUAUCCAGAAACGUAAUAACAGCAUUUUGAAUGUUGUGGGCGGUAGAAUCACCCUACAAAAUGAGUAUCCAUAUAUGUGUGCCCUCGGAUGGCCAUCCCGCGACGGCCAAAGAUGGAUACCCGGCCGUGCGGGUGGUUCUGCCGUUCGAAGAUAUGUUUUCAACUGCGGCUGCGUGUUGAUUGCUCCGCAGUUCGCUUUAACGGCCGCCCACUGUGCCAACAUUGGAGGGGAAUCCCCGACAGUGGCGUUGAUUGGUGGCGGUGAGUUGAACAAUUCCAAUGGCCAGCUGAAUGAAAUCCACUACUUGAUCAAGCACCCCAACUUCGAUCCGGUGACCAUGUCCAAUGACUUGGCAAUUGUAAGGCUGGCGAGACGCUCCCAAAAGCCCGUGGCAUGUUUGUGGAACCAGGAAUCCGUCCCAGAGAGACCACUGACUGCUCUGGGGUACGGACAAACUAAGUUUGCCGGACCUCAUUCGAACGAGCUCCUUCAGGUGCUUCUUUAUCCUCUGGAUAAUACCCGGUGUCUGCAUUUCAUGCAACAGGAUGAUAAGCUAACCAAUGGCCUAUCACCUGGGCAACUAUGUGCUGGCGAUUACUCCGGAAGAAUGGAUACAUGUCAGGGAGAUUCGGGUGGCCCUCUGGUACUUUACGAACGUGUGCGCCACCAUCACCAGAUGAUUCCCUACCUGGUGGGUAUUACAUCCUUUGGAGGAGCUUGCGCCUCGGGCCAACCCGGAAUAUACGUACGGAUAGUGCACUACAUUCAAUGGAUAGAGCAACAUGUUUGGUCAUAGUCUCUUUCUUUCUUAUUUUUUAUUCCACUA